ACAUUUACAGUGGAAGAAGCUGUGGAAACCAUUGGGUUUGGGAGGUUCCAUAUCAUGCUUUUCCUCAUAAUGGGCAGCACUGGGGUGGCUGAAGCCAUGGAGAUCAUGCUGAUAGCUGUUGUGUCCCCUCUCAUCCGAUGUGAGUGGCAGCUCCAAGACUGGCAGGUGGCUUUAGUGACAACAAUGGUGUUUUUUGGCUACAUGGUGUUCAGCAUAGUGCUUGGGCUCCUGGCUGACCGGUAUGGCCGCUGGAAGAUCCUGCUGCUCUCCUUCCUCUGGGCAGCCUAUUUCUCCCUGCUGACCUCGUUUGCCCCAUCCUACAUCUGGUUUGUGUUCCUGCGGGCCAUGGUAGGAGGUGGCGUGUCAGGCCACGCGCAAGGACUUAUCAUAAAAACUGAAUUUCUGCCCACCAAAUAUCGGGGAUACAUGUUGCCCUUAUCCCAGGUGUUUUGGUUGGCAGGAUCCUUGUUAAUCAUUGGCCUGGCAUCAGUGGUGAACCCAACCAUUGGCUGGCGAUGGUUGAUCAGAAUUGCCUCCAUCCCUGGCAUCCUUCUCAUCCUGGUGUUCAAGUUCAUCCCGGAGUCGGCACGGUACAACGUGUCCACGGGAAACACGGGGGCUGCGCUGGCCACGCUGCAGAGGAUAGCCAGGAUGAAUGGGGCGGCCAUGCCAGAGGGGCAGCUGAGGGAGCCUGCCAAGGAAAGAAGGGGAAGAUUCAAGGACCUCAUCCACCCCAAAUACCUCAGAACCACUUUGCAGAUAUGGAUCAUAUGGCUUGGCAUAGCUUUCGCUUAUUACGGCGUCAUCUUGGCCAGUGCCGAGUUGCUGGAGCGGGACCUUGUCUGUGGCUCUGCAGCCCCACCGCUGCAGGACUCCAGUGAUGACUCUGAGGAGAGCCACAGCCCCUGCCACUGCCGCCUGUUUGGGCCCGCUGCUUACCAGAGCAUGAUCAUCAGCACAGCCGGGGAGAUCACACUAAAUCCUGUGAACAUUCUCAGCAUCAAUUUCCUUGGACGACGUCUAAGCCUGUGUAUCACCAUGGGAUGUACAGCUCUAUUCUUUCUUCUCCUUAAUAUCUGCACCUCAAGUGCAGGCAUGGUUGGCUUUCUCUUCAUGCUGCGUGCCUUGGUUUCAGCCAACUUCAACACCAUCUACAUUUACACAGCAGAGGUUUAUCCCACCACAAUGAGAGCGCUGGGGAUGGGGACAAGUGGGGCAGUAUGCCGUGUAGGAGCAAUGGUGGCUCCAUUUAUAUCACAAGUUCUGAUGAGCGCUUCCUUCUUGGGAGCCCUGUGUCUCUUCUCCUCCGUGUGCAUCAUCUGUGCCAUCUCUGCAGUCACACUGCCCAUCGAGACCAAGGGCAGGGCCCUGCAGCAAGUGAAAUGA